CGCACUAAUACGGGCGAUGAGGCUUCGCGGCUCCAGUCUGACUGACGCCGGCUGGGGCCGCCGCCGCCGCCGCCGCCGCCGCCGCUGCAGCCGCUGUCUCGGUCCCCGCCGCCGCCGCCGCCGCCGGGCCCUGCAGGCGCUGGGCGCGCGCAGCCAGGCAAAUUGGCCAGCCUGUUCAAGGGCUUAGGAGAAAGUCAACACACUUCCCAACUUGAAUUGGUUCUAGCCGCUCCCAGAAGAACGGGCGGGUUGGUCCCUAUGCCACCCUUGGAGAGCUACUCGCCGCCCACUUUGCCGUGAAGGGCUGUGCGGUUCCCGUGCGUGCCGGAGCCUGCUGUGGCCCCUUAUGCACUCCACCACUCCCAUCAGCUCCCUCUUCUCCUUCACCAGCCCCGCAGUGAAGAGACUGCUAGGCUGGAAGCAAGGAGAUGAAGAGGAAAAGUGGGCAGAGAAGGCUGUGGACUCUCUAGUGAAGAAGUUAAAGAAGAAGAAAGGAGCCAUGGACGAGCUGGAGAGGGCGCUCAGCUGCCCGGGGCAGCCCAGCAAGUGCGUCACGAUUCCCCGCUCCCUGGACGGGCGGCUGCAGGUGUCCCACCGCAAGGGCCUGCCCCACGUGAUCUACUGCCGCGUGUGGCGCUGGCCGGAUCUGCAGUCCCACCACGAGCUGAAGCCACUGGAGUGCUGUGAGUUCCCAUUUGGCUCCAAGCAGAAAGAGGUGUGCAUUAACCCUUACCACUACCGCCGGGUGGAGACUCCAGUGCUGCCUCCUGUGCUCGUGCCAAGACACAGUGAAUAUAACCCCCAGCUCAGCCUCCUGGCCAAGUUCCGCAGCGCCUCCCUGCACAGUGAGCCACUCAUGCCACACAACGCCACCUAUCCCGACUCUUUCCAGCAGCCUCCGUGCUCUGCACUCCCUCCCUCACCCAGCCACGCGUUCUCCCAGUCCCCGUGCACGGCCAGCUACCCUCACUCCCCAGGAAGUCCUUCUGAGCCAGAGAGUCCCUAUCAACACUCAGUUGACACACCACCCCUGCCUUAUCAUGCCACAGAAGCCUCUGAGACCCAGAGUGGCCAACCUGUAGAUGCCACAGCUGAUAGACAUUUAGUGCUAUCGAUACCAAAUGGAGACUUUCGGCCAGUUUGUUACGAGGAACCCCAGCACUGGUGCUCGGUCGCCUACUACGAACUGAACAACCGAGUUGGGGAGACAUUCCAGGCUUCCUCCCGAAGUGUGCUCAUAGAUGGGUUCACCGACCCUUCAAAUAACAGGAACAGAUUCUGUCUUGGACUUCUUUCUAAUGUAAACAGAAACUCAACGAUAGAAAAUACCAGGAGACAUAUAGGAAAGGGCGUGCACUUGUACUAUGUCGGGGGAGAGGUGUAUGCUGAGUGUGUGAGUGACAGCAGCAUCUUUGUGCAGAGCCGGAACUGCAACUAUCAACACGGCUUCCACCCAGCCACCGUCUGCAAGAUCCCCAGCGGCUGCAGCCUCAAGGUCUUCAACAACCAGCUCUUCGCUCAGCUCCUGGCCCAGUCAGUUCACCAUGGCUUUGAAGUGGUGUAUGAACUGACCAAGAUGUGUACUAUCCGAAUGAGUUUUGUUAAGGGUUGGGGCGCUGAGUAUCAUCGUCAGGAUGUCACCAGCACCCCCUGCUGGAUUGAGAUUCAUCUUCAUGGGCCGCUGCAGUGGCUGGACAAAGUUCUGACUCAGAUGGGCUCUCCACAUAACCCCAUUUCUUCAGUGUCUUAACAGUCAUGUCUUAAGCUGCAUUUCCAUAGGAUAGAGGCUAUUGCAGGGAGUGGCUUGUAUCAUUUCAGAUUUGCAACUAACUGAAGUUUCUAAAAACAUGUGUAAAUACACAGAAUGUAUACUGUCCCUAUUUUUUUUAAUCACCAUUUGUUUUGUGCUUUCUAGUUAACCUGAUGCCAGUACAGUGCAAUUGGAAAAGCGGGCCUUUGGUGCCUGUGCUAUAAGCAGCAGAUUUCGUGGGAGGAAACAAUUGAGAGGCAAUAUUGUCAAUAGUAUUUGCAGGGUGUUAGCAGAAUAAAAGGCGGCUUUAGUCAGCCGUGUCAUUAUAAAGCAUGUUUUGUGGCCUCACAGAAACACUGAAACUGUUUAUACAGCAAAAGUCAGGUAUUAGCAGCACUAGAGCAAAUAUCACUCAGAUGAAACAAAGCAGUGAAACCCCUACAAUUGAAAUGAUGUCACUUUUAGUGCUAUUGGCAAGAAAAACAAAAAAACAAAAAAAAAAACUUGUACAAUGAAUUAAUGAGAUAAUCCAUAGAAACUUUAUUUCUAAGGUUGACAUACCUGUAGCUGGGCUCCUGUGCUCAUAUUCAGUGAUAUAUUUUAAACAAACUGUGAUCGGAAAAGAAAAAAAAAAACUGUGAAGCUGAAAGUCAUGUUCCCUCAGUCUACCGCUGUAAAAAAACAGAGUCUAAUAUGGGAAAAUAAAUACAAAAACAGCAUGAAAUGCUAUUUCCCAAAUUACAAGAUAAGACCAGAACUUGCUCCAAGAGCCACCCAGGGAGACUCCUGCUUUCCACAGAGGAGACCAGGUGUCCGUUGUCCUGGUUGUUCGUGUCAUGCCAUCCUGCAAACUUUGAGUCUGCGCAGCAUGCCAGAAUAGCACGUGUUUCAGUCUUGUGUCAAGAAGCAGGUGAAACCAAAGGUUGGAGAAAAGUGUCACACGUCGACUUACACUACUUUCUCAUUUCCCACGUUCCAGUCUCCUGGGAAGGGCACUCUUUUGCCACGUUUUCUUGCCUCUUGGCAAAUAUUAACUCUUUGCAGAUUGCUAAAGCAACAGUAAAGACUUUGAGAAAAUCUAGACACAUUAUUGGAUCAAUGAGUUAUUUAACCUAGUGUCUCUAGUGAUUAUCUAAAGUCUCAUAGCUGGAAAUAAAUUCCCAAGUAAAGUGAUAAUAAGUUCAUAAUCGUCUAUAAUUUCUGGGGAACAGUGGUACUGAAUAAUAAUAUAUCUUUUAAAAAUAUACACAAUAUUAAAAACAUGUUCUUAUUUUACUUUAGAUGAGGGAGGAAAAUCCCCCAAAUUUCUAGGUACUUUCAUAUAUAUACUUGCCAUGCACUAAACACUGCAUUGCUUGGAAACAUGUUUCACACCCUCUUUAAAAAUGUACAAUUUAAGAUAGCAGUUAUGCUUGUAACAGACAGCACUUCAGUAAUCCAAGAAGUUUCUUCAUUUCUACAUUUUAUCUCAACUCUUUCUAGCAUUAGUGCACAUGGUAGUUUUUCUAAUUAAAUUGUAUUCAAGGUAGAAAUGAUCAUGUGAGAAAGAUAUAUGAUUGAGCUACUACUGUCACCUCUUAUAAUGACUAGUGUUAUCUAAUAGAAACUUGCAUACGUACACAAUAGAAAACAAUUAUUACAUUUUACAUUGAAAAAUCUAAUAUGUGGCUCAUGUAGUGUUUAGAAAAAUCUGUAGUUUAUUGGUUCAUCAACUAUGUAUUGUGCACCUGCCUAUAGGUGUCAGGUACAGUGUUAGGUGCUGUAGAAUCAAAUGUAAAUCAGAGACAGCCCCAGCCCUCAUGGAGCCGAGAAUCUAAGGGUGAAUCUGUUUGUACACACAUCUUCAUGUUUCAGAACUUUUAAAACAAAACAAUGCAAUCUGUCUUUUGCUUGAAAGAAUGUAAUUAAUUUCUUAUCUCUUUGUUUUGAAAUUUUUAUUUCCUUGCUCUUCUGCAGAGUCAGGUAAUGGAUUCCUUGUAUAAAUGCUACUUUUCUUCCAUGUCUCAAAGUGGGUUUUGUUCCUCUUCUUGCUUCCCUAUUUUCCAAUAAUUCUCCAUCUCCCCUUCUCUUGGAAAAGGCAUUAAUAUGGUGAAUCUCAUAUAGGAACCAUUCCAUGGGGGAACUUCAACACAGCUUUUGCUCCAGAGAUCAAACAUAGCUUUCGUGAUCUCUCUACCAGCUAUCGAACUUAUCCUCUGGUAAUCUUUUUUUUUUUUUUUUUUUUUGAGACAGAGUCUUGCUCUGUCGCCAGGCCAGAGUGCAGUGGUGUGAUCUCGGCUCACUGCAACCUCUGCCUCCCGGGUUUGAGCGAUUCUCCUGCCUCAGCCUCCCAAGUAGCUGGGACUUACAGGCGUGGGCUACCACGCCCAGUUAAUUUUUGUAUUUUUAGUGGAGAUGGGGUUUCACCGUGUUAGCCAGAAUGGUCUCUAUCUCUUGACCUCGUGAUCCACCCGCCUCAGCCUCCCAAAGUGCUGGGAUUACAGGCCUGAGCCACCGCGCCCGGCCUCCUCUGGUAAUCUUACACCUUUACAGAAUUAAUCUAAACUGGUGGCUCAUAAAUGACAUUAAAAACAAAAAACAAUCUGGAUGCAGUGGCUUAUUCCUGUAGUCCCAGCACUUUGGGAGGCCAAGGUGGGAGGAUCACCUGAGCCCAGGACUUUGAGGCUGUAGUGAACUAUGAUCACACGACUGCAUUCUAGCCUGGGUGACAAAGUGACACCCUGCCUCUAAACAAAAAUCAAGCAACAAAAAACUUGUAUUUCCCCGCAGCUUUGGCAAGCCAGAACACAAUACUGCAGUGAACCUGAAUUUUCUGUGACAAAUAAAUUACUAAACUGGCACAUGUCAUCAUCACCAGUCAUGUCUCAUCAAAAGCCUUUAUUAAGAUGCUUGUAAAAUUUGAAGAAUUUAGAAGUGAUGAGAAGUUAACCCCUUAGUCAUUGUAACAAUCAUAUUUGAAUCAGCUUUUUCUUUUGCUACCAAGAGUUUCAAAAAAAUGAAUGCAGUAUUUGAUUUCAGGCUUCUAAAUGUGCUCAUUUAGCACUCAUUCCUUGAUAUAGACAAUGAAAGAAAAAGCCGAAUAGCAUUCUUUCCAGGAUAACUAUUAAAGCAGACAGCUAAGCCUCUGAACAUGAGCACUGCGGUGCAUGUUUAAGGUUGCCACGGACAAAGAUCACACAACAGAGAACACUGUGGUAACAUUUUGGUCUGCUCACAACACCCAGAACAUUUAUCGGUUUUUGUUGUUGGUUUAUUAUUUUUCUGUUAAAAAAUUGUGAAAAGUUAGUUUUAGCUGGAUGAUAUUUUAAUAGUUGCCACUGUUUUGGAACUGUAAAGAUGUCACUACUUAACACAUACACCUUAUAUUUUGUUUUGUUUUACACUCAGUAUAAAUCAGGAAAAGUUAGCCAACCACCUAGCAUUUAGAAUCCUCUUUUUUAUUGUCUUCUGAGGAUAUGGAUGUUCCCAUAACAGCAACAAAACAGCAACAAAAACAUUUCAUAAAUAUCACUUGAUAGACUUUAAGCACCUGCUUAACUUUGAAUGCGCCCCAAAUAUUUAGUGUGUGUGUGUAUAUAUACAUAUAUAUAUAUAUAUAUAUAUAUUCAACAAAUAAAGCAAAAUAUAACAUGCAUUUCACAUUUUGUCUUUCUCUGUUACGAUUUUAAUAGCAGAACUGUAUGACAAGUUUAGGUGAUCUUAGCAUAUGUUAAAUUCAAAUUAAUGUAAAACAGAUCAACAACAAAGAAACUUUCUAUUUGAGUGAAGUCAUGCUUUCUAUUAUAACUUGGCUUCGGUUAUCUAUCAAAUGCACACUUACACUGUUAUCUGAUUGUUUAUAAUAAAGAAUACCAUACCUGUA